UCAUUCGCAGUCGAGACAAGACACAAAACACGCUCGUUAAAUCUAAUUAUUUAUUUAUCCUUGAUUAGUCGAUUAAGAUAAUCGCUACAUCUAAACUAUUUUAUGUGUGUCUAAUAUUAGUUUAUUUUUAAAAUAAAUUUUUUAAAGAAGUGAUCGUUGGCUUAAUAAAAAAUGAGUAUCGGACCUAGUUAUCAUUUUGGACAUUUGAUUUUGGAGUACAUGAAGCGGAAUUCCAAUAUCGUGGGCCAGAUAGACGCAGCGACCGGGAAAGAAGAAACAUAUGGAUCAAUCUUGUCUCGUUCGAUUCGUCUAGCGAGAUCGAUGAGAUCUUUCGGUCUAAAGCCUGGAGACGUUCUUGCAGUGGGCGGGAGGAAUCACUUAGAUAUCCGUAUACCGUUUUAUUCGGCUGUUUUUAACGGCUUACCGGUUCUUGGCGUCGAUCCUUAUUUUAAAUACGAUGAAAUUUUAACAUUAUUCAAACAGGUGAAACCUAAAAUAGUAUUUUGUCAGACCGAAUCUCUCGGUGUUCAUACCAAAGUUGCGGCUGAUCUUGGAUUGGACAUAAAAAUUGUUACUUUUGGCGAUAAGGAGUGUUCAUUUUCAAAAUUUAUAGAAGAAUACGAUGACGGAGAGUCCGAGCAAGAAUUUAAGGUACUAGAAAUUGAUAUCGAGAAAAUCUAUGCAUUUCUGGUAUGUACAAGCGGCACCACAGGCUAUGUUAAAGUUGCGGCAUUUCAACACAGACCUUUUAUGAUGAAACUUUUGGGAUUGUUGAAACGACAUGUAAAGGCAAAUAUAAAAGGCACGCGAGUAUUGACCUUAUCCCCAAUACAAUGGAUAACGAGUUAUUUAAUGACUUAUGUUUCCCCUCUCACGGGAGAUACGAUAAUUCAAACGUCUAUACUGGAUGACUUUGAUCAUGUAAUUGAUAUUAUCAACAAGUACAAACCAGUAACAGCAGUACUAAGUCCUACCCUUAUGGCAUUCCUAAUGAGUCGGAAGGACGAUGUAGACUUCUCUAGUUUUAGAACUAUGGGUAUUGCUGGAUCAAAAAUCUACUCAAAUGCCUUAAGGAAAUUUAAGGAGAUUUUAAACGAAAAUACUUUGCUAGGAGAUGCGUACGGUCAGACAGAGAUGAUAGGACCAGUUUUAUUGCCUGGCCCUUUGACACCUCUCGGCAGCUGUGGAAGUCCUUUACCUGGAUACAUUCUUAAGUUAGUCGAUCCCGAUACGAGUAAAGAAAUACUUGAGCCAAACGUUACCGGUGAACUGUGGGCUAAAGGACCGAUGUUUGCAGCAUACUACAAUGACCCAGAGGAAACAGCGAUAGCGUUUACAGAAGAUGGUUUCUUUAAAACCGGGGAUUUGUUCUACAGGGAUGAGAACAAUAAUUUUUACUUUGUCGAGCGUAUUAGAACUCUUAUUAAAUACCAGAAUUCACAUGUGCUAUCAUCGGAGAUAGAAGAGUUAAUAAGUAGGCUUCCGGGUGUGAAGGAGGUAUGCGUGAUAGGCUUGCCUCACGAAGUGGACGGCGAACAUCCAGCCGCGUGCGUCGUGCGCGACAGCAAUAGUUCUGUCACUGCGCAGGAGAUCCGGGACCUCGUAGCCAGUAAAUUAUCAAGAAAUAAAGAACUUCGUGGUGGAGUCAUAUUCGUAGAUAGUCUACCCCAUACGUCUACGGGGAAAGUUGUACGAAAAAAACUAUUGCAACAGAUUGAGAACUGCAAAAUAGAAUAACGUUUAAGAUUCGUAUAAAUAUAAAAAAUAUAUAUAUAUAUGGACAUUACACGAACGUUAGUAUAAUAGAAACAUUAAUAGGUUUAUUGUGAGGUUUUGUUAAAUCAGAAAUUUCCAUUUUUUUUUUCGUACUAAAAUCUAAGAAAACAUAACGUUUCGUGUAUUGAUAUUUCUGUUUAAUUUUCUAUGUUGAAUUAGGUAAAAAUCUAUACAAAAUUACUAUUAAUUAGUGUGACAUUGGUAAUUAGUACAAAUGUAUUUUUGAAAAGAAGUUUUUGUGUACUCUACAUGUAUAUCAUUCUGUCGUAGUGGAGCGAAUAGUUCCGUAAUCCCAGCAGUCGCGGGUUUGAUUCUCAUUCGGGACAAAUAUUUGUGUAAAUAUUAGUUUCCGGUUUUGUAAGUACGGUGUAGCCUUCGUGGAUAUCGAAGAGCAUGGAAGCCGUAUGCUCCGGUUGUUGACAUUCCAGUCAUUACUCGAAGGCAACUUAUCUACUAACCCGCAAUGAAGCAGGUUAAGAUUCAAACCUUCACUCAUUUAUUUACAUCUAUACCUACCAUACGACUGUAUUUAGUACUGGUACUUAUUUAUGUCUGUUAUGAAUGUGUCAGUAAAUUUUGUUCCUGUUUGUAUGAAUUAUACAUCAGUUUACUAGUAUUUAAGUAUGUAUUGUAUGUUAUAAGUUUUGUAUUCAGCAUUUAUAUUGUUGUUAUUAUUAAAAAAAUUUCAUCUA